GCCUCUCAGGGGGCGGGGCGAGCGGCGGGCGCGGCGGCGCGCGCGGACGGUGGCAAUGGCGUCGGACGAGCGGCUGGCCCGCUUCCGCCAGGCCCACCUGAACCCCUUCAACAAGAGCCCCGAGCAGCUGGAGCGCCCCGAGGGAGAGUGCCCUGCCCCAGCCCAGCAGCCGGAUCCCCCCCCGGGGGACCCCGAGGGCGCCCUGGACCUGGGGCUGGCCGAGGACCACUUCUCCCGCCCCGUGGGGCUGAUCCUGGCGUCGGACGUGCCGCAGCUGCGCCGGGCCAUCGAGGAGUGCAAGCGGGUGAUCCUGGCGCUGCCCGAGCACUCGGAGCGCCAGAAGGACGCCGUGGUGCGCCUCAUCCACCUCCGCCUCAAGCUGCAGGAGCUCAAGGACCCUGGUGAGGAUGAGCCCAACAUCCGGGUGGUCCUGGAGCACCGUUUCUACAAGGAGAAGAGUAAGAGCGUCAAGCAGAUGUGUGACAAGUGCAGCACCAUCAUCUGGGGGCUCAUCCAGACCUGGUACACCUGCACAGGCUGCUACUACCGCUGCCACAGCAAGUGCCUGCCGCUGGUGAGCCGGCCGUGCGUGCGGGCCCAGGUCAGCCACCAGGCGGAGUACCAGCUCAGCAUCUGCCCCGAGAGCGGGCUGGACAGCCAGGACUACCGCUGUGCCGAGUGCCGGGCCCCCAUCUCCCUCCGUGAGCCCCUGCUGCUCGGGGGGCUGGGGGGGCUGUGUUUGGCACUGCGGUUGGGACUGCUCUGCCACUGGAACGACCUGGCCGUGGUGCCCGCCCGUGCCAUCCACAACUGGGACUUCGAGCCCCGCAAGGUGUCACGGUGCAGCAUGAGGUACCUGGCACUGAUGGUGUCACGGCCGGUGCUGAAGCUGCGGGAGAUCAACCCACUGCUCUUCAACUACGUGGAGGAGCUGGUGGAGAUCCGGAAGCUGCGCCAGGACAUCCUGCUGAUGAAGCCCUACUUCAUCACCUGCAAGGAGGCCAUGGAGGCGCGGCUGCUGCUGCAGCUGCAGGACCGGCAGCACUUUGUGGAGAACGACGAGAUGUACUCGCUGCAGGACCUGAUCGACAUCGAGGCCGGGCGCCUCAGCUGCUCCCUCACCGAGAUCCACACGCUCUUUGCCAAGCACAUCAAGCUGGACUGCGAGGCACCCAAAAAGAGAGGGGGGAAAGGGGCCAAAGGCCCGACGGUGGUGGAUGCCCUGGCCCCGGAGGACAUGAGCAAGGAGCAGCUGCUGGAGCACAUGGUGCGUCUGCGGCAGGAGCUGGACCGCGAGCGGCAGGAGCGGAACUCCUUCCAGCUGGAGUGUAACCGCAUCCAGGGCUGCUGGGAGAUCACCCGCCGGGAGCUGGAGGAGAGGAAGGCGGAGCUGCGCACCCGGGACCGCGAGAUGGAGGAGGCGCAGGAGCGGCACCAGCUGGAGAUCAAGGUGUACAAGCAGAAAGUGAAGCACCUUUUGCACGAGCAGCAGGAGAACCUGACAGAGCUGAAGGCAGAGGGAGUCCUGUCCCUGAGGAGGGCCCAGAAGGAUCACUGGGAGCAGGAGCAGGAGCUGUGGAAGGAGAAGCGCUCCUUGAACAUAAGGCUGAAUGAGCAGGAGUUGGCCAAUGAGGCAGCCAUCACAAACCUCUGCCUGAAACAUGAGGAGGAGAUGGCCCGGCUGCGCAGUGACUUCGAGCUGCAGACCAAAGCUGGUCCCAACCCACACAGUUUUGAGAUGGAGGCCAAGUACACCAGGAAGAUGCAGGCACUGCGGGAUGAGCUGGACCUGCGGAGGAAGACAGAGAUCCAUGAGCUGGAGGAGAGGAAGAACACCCAGAUCAGCGAGCUGAUAGGGAACCACGAGGGGGCUUUUGGUGCCAUCAAGAACUACUACAACGAUAUCACCGCCAAAAACCUGACACUCAUCAACCUCCUGAAGGAGCAGGUGGAAGAACUGAAGAAGAAGGAGGCUGUCCUGGAAAAGGAGAAGGCAGAUGUGAUGCGUGAGAACAAGGGGCUGACAGAGCCGCUGCAGGAGGCCCAGGAGCUGGUGGCUGAGCUGCAGAAGAAGUUGGUUCACUAUUACAGGGACAAGGAGGCCCUGAUGACCUCCAAAGCCCAUCUGAAAAUCGCCCAGAAGGAACUGAAGGAUCUUCAGUGGGAACAUGAGGUGCUGGAGCAGCGGUUCAGUCAGGUCCAGGAAGAGCGAGACGACCUCUAUCAGAACUUCACCAAAGCCAUCAACGAGGUGCAGCAAAAAACGGGGUUCAAGAACCUGCUCCUGGAGCGGAAGCUGCACGGACUCCUCACCCUCCUGGAGCAGAAGGAGGUGGAGCUCAGCGAGGUCCUUGCAGCCUCCAACCUCGACCCCAGUGCUCUCGCCUUGGUCUCGCACAAACUGGAGGACAUGCUCAAUUCCAAGAAUGCCACCAUCCAGGACCUGCAGAUCCAGCUGGCCAGAGUCUGCAAGGCACACAACGACAUGCUGCAGACCUUCAAGGCAAAGCUGACAGCCUUUGGCAUCCCCCUGGACAACCUUGGUUUCCAGCCGCUGUCCUUCCCCAUCCCGGGGCAGGAACUGGGGCAGGGCCCUGCUGGACUCGUUUCAGUGCCCACCUGAUGCUGGCAGCGCUGAGGGUCCCACUGGCACACUGGUAGUGGGACUGUGCCCUUUUCCUGCUCCGUGUCUUUAAACAGAUGCCAGUGAGCAUCUUCAGGAACCUCUCCUCCCAAGGGGGACUACAGCUGGAGGGCUGCAGGCAUCUCACCCACCCCACCAGGCUGCCCCUGGAGCUACUUCUGUUCCCACAAAAGUGGAAGGUGAUUUUUUCAGACAAA